CCAUACCUCACAGGCUCACACUAACCUUUUGCGCGUUUAUAGAUUUCUCCAUCCAGCGUAUAGGCCGAAAUCGAUCGUAAGCAGAGCAGCAACACUGAAAAUAAAGAAGUUUGUUGAGCGGAGUAAAGUUUAGGCGUUUAACAAUGGUUGGGACGAACUUGAAGGCAGAAACUACGUCGCUGAUGGACGAAAGGGAUGCUACGGAGUCUGAAAUCAACGCAAUUAUUCACCGUCUUUGCCAGGACGGAGGUCCUGGUCUAUCUGCCAACCUUGUCGACUCCGAGGGUUUCCCUCGUGCAGACAUUAAUAUACCGGCUGUUCGAGCAGACCGUCAGCGCCUAGCUGAGCUUAGAAUUGACCACAUAAAUCUCACAGAGAAAAUCAGUCAAAAUAUACAACUUUUACAUGCUACGAAACUGGGACCUAAGGUUUCAACCACCAUGGAUUCAGAUGAUGUUGAUAUGAGUAAUACUGUUGGUCCUGCAAACGCUGAUACAACUAGCGGAAUCCCUUUUGCAAUGGUAGAUGAAAUAGCUGAGGCAUCUCCUGCAGCAGAAGAUGGUUUGCAGCUUGGGGAUCAGAUGGUGAAAUUUGGAAGUGUAGAAUCUGGGGAUGACUUACUACCCAGGCUUGCCUCUGAAGUUCAGAAAAAUCAAGGCACUGCAACAUCUGUGGUUGUUAUGAGGCAGGGUGUGUUAACAAGCUUGUAUAUAACUCCUCGAACAUGGGAAGGAAGCGGUUUACUGGGAUGUCAUUUUAAAUUUCUCUGAUGUUAUACUUCUACGAUAGCAAGGUGAAGCAAGUUUUAAGGUGUUGCCUUUAUGCAUGUCAAGGGGGUUUUACAAGCUGCUCCUGCUUUGCUACUGGAUCAUUUGCCACAGUAUUAUGAGUUUGUAUAUGCUAUCGGAGUCGCUUGAACAAUCAGUUGUUCUUGGGGGUUGUUUAUCUAGCUCUCCUGCUGUAGUGCUGUGUCUUCAGAGCCAUGUUUUGCACGUUAUUUUACAUCAGGUGGUCUGCCCGUAUUUGGUGAUUGUAUGCCAAGACAAAUUUGUACAUUUGAGUCUACUUGGAGGUGCUAAGGUGUUUUUAUUUUUUUAUUAUUUUUUUUAAAAGAUUUUGACCUAGGCUCCUAGAGCUAAGUUAACGUACUACUUUUGGUUUAAACUAGGGGUGAGCAUGGGACGGGUACCCGUACCAUUAGUACUAACAGUUCGGGUACCCGAUCACCAAUAUCACUAAAAGUGAUAUUUAUAAACCGAACCGAUAAGUUCGAGUACCUGGAUUUUCGAAACGGUUAUCGGGUACCCCAAUAGUGAUAAUCAAACUUAAUAAAUUAGUUAUUAUGAUA